AUGAGACCUCCGUCAAAUGAGCCUGCAGGUUUUGGAAUCGACAUAACAAAUUUACAAAAUAAUCCAGCUUAUAUGAUGUGUCAAAGGCUUGCUGGAAGAGGAAUCGUUCGUGUUGUUGGAAGAUGUAAAGAUGCACAAGAAAAUAAUAAUUUAGAUUUAUCGGAAUGUCAACUCAUGCACGUUCCAGAUGCUGUUUAUCAUUUGAUGAGACACACGACGUUAAAAUGUUGUAAUUUAUCAAGUAACGUCAUAACAAAAAUACCUCCAAAAUUUGCCGUUAAAUUUUCAUUAAUCACAGAUUUAAAUUUGUCACAUAAUCAAAUGAGUAAACUUCCCGAUGAAUUUUCCGAUCUCGAAAAUUUAGAAAGACUGGAUAUAUCACAUAAUUCCUACAUAGCUAUGCCAAAUGUCGUCUUUCAUAUUCCUAAAUUAAAAUAUUUAAACGCUCAAAAUAAUCACAUACUCGAUGUCGAAGUAGAAAAAAUAUUAGAGGCUCCAUGUUUGGAAGAAAUGAAUUUGUUGGAAAAUCCUCUCACUCCGAGAUGUCACGAUAAUUUAAGUCACUUGACGACGAUGUUGAGGAUAAAUUUACCACAAAGAACAAAACAAGACUGGGAAGAUUUAACGAUAUGA